CCGGAACAAGUCAAGCCCCCGCCACGUGUUUGGAUAAUUUUGGUCGGUAAUUACUGCCGGCGUUCGUCCACUUCCCGUAUGUCAACGGCAAGCAACCCGAGAAAGACGAAGAACUGAAAGGCUUCUGGUUAGCUCACAAGGCAUGGACUUCUGGAACAAAGCUCGAAGCUUAGCUGAGGAAGCCGCCAAGCGAUCGCAGGACCUCUCCUUCGGCACUUCCACAUUCUCGCAUAUUGUCGUCGAGACCACCAAGCGCUCCAAGGAAAUUGUCUCUGAAGCUUCCAAGCGAGCCGAUCAAAUUCGAAUUGAAGCCUUGAAGCGAGCCGACCACUUCAAACACUUGGCCCAGGGGAUUCAUCCUCCUGGCGGCGGGCUGGCGGAAUCCUAUGAAGUCAGUUGCACUCAAGAGAAGGAGCUGGAGAGGUUCGGUAUCACCGAAGAACUGAGGGAGUUCGUGAAAGGGAUCACUCCAAGCACGUUUCGAGAUUUCCCUCUCGAAGAUGACACGUACCUUUCUGAUGUUCCUGCGGUUUCUAAUGUUAGGAAGGAUCUUACUGAGUGGCAGGAAAAACAUGCCAAUCUUGUUCUAUCUACUGUCAAGGAGAUUUCAAAGUUAAGGUAUGAGCUGUGCCCACGUGUCAUGAAAGAGAGGAAGUUUUGGAGAAUAUAUUUUAUACUUAUGAACAGCCAUAUUUCCCCCUAUGAGAAGAGGUACAUGGAGGAUGCUAAGCUAGAAUCAUCUGAGCAAGCGGAAGAUAGGGAAGCAAUUGAGCCACGAGAAAAAGAAGUAAAAGAUAGGGAAGCAAUCAAACCCCCAGAAGAGCAAGUAAAAAUUGAGAAAGUGAUUGAACCACCAGAAGCUGGACGGACCUCCCUUCAGGAAGAGCUGGAAGUUAAAAAGGAGAGCAGAACUUCAUCAGCUGAGCAAGAUUUAGACGAGUUUCUUCUGGGAGAUGUGGGGGAAAUCGAUGAUGACCCAGAUGAUGGUAAUGGGGACUUCGAUGAUGAUUUGGAUAAACUGGUGGAUACCUCGGAUGAUGAGAAAGGGGAAUCAUAGAUGUUGAUAGAGAAUAGCUGGCUUCGUAAAUUUGGGUGUAUCAUACCGGAGCAUGUUCAUGAUAAACUGGUGCGUCGGUUAAUGUCAUGAUAUCAACAUAUGUUCUUGGAAGGCCAGUUUUGUCCCUUUAUUCUGCGGUGUUAGAAGUUUCAGGGCAGAACAGAAGGUUAUUGGGACUGUUGUUGUAAAUAAUACUUGGUUAUUUAGUUUAGUGUUUAAUUAUGUUAAAUAGCUUCUAUAUAUUUUCUCUCAACACACGAAGGAAGCAUAUUGCCGAAUAGGCUAUCUUUCUCCGGAAUUAUUCUUUGGAUGGAAUGGGUGAAUGUUAGAAGCGAGCAUUA